AUGCAUCUUGCUCAGCCGUUGAAGAUCGUCGGCUAUGCUGAAGCAGUCGUGGAGACCAAUGACGAGAUAGUCGGAGAGUUGGCCGCACGCUCCUUCUCAAUGGUCCACUUGGCUGUCAACAUGCAGGAUGACGCCACGCACGCAGUGCGGCCGAUAUGGUUAUCUGUCCUUGUUUUCAUGGGGAUGUUAGAGAUGGAGAAUGAUGAAAAUUGUGAUUAUCAGAUUGCGGACACAGUCGCCGAGUGGUAUUAUCGGUUCCGUUCCCUUGCGGGCAUCAAGUUACCAUAG